CAGAGGCGUCACAAACAUGGCCGCCGAGUGGCACGACUUCCGUAAACGGACUUUGGUAGUGGUCAGAGUAGACCGGGCACAGAGUGCGUAGGCGCAUUUAAAGCGAGGCUCUGUGUCUUUAAGAGGCCGUGCGCUGUGUUGUGCAGCGCUGCGUUGUGCUGUAGGGAUCGGCUGAUGGGGGAAGGGCUUUCACUCACACACGUCGACUCAUGGCGGAGAGAGAGCAGCAGAUAUCAGACUCGGUCCGAUCUCCACAGCGCUGCUGAAGCGCGCGCGUCUGAUCAUGCGGACAGGACGACAUGAGCGCAGCUGAGAUUUCAGACGGAGCGCAGCGCGUGUUUUCUGCGUUUAUUGAGUCGCAGCUGCAGCCGCACACGGUAUCCCGCCAGGCCCGGCAGGGUGGGAAUUAUUCUGAAAGGAACUGAAGAACAAACAGGGGAAAUGGCUGCGACCGCCGGCUUCUCCAACGGACCGGUGCCCUGGACGCUGAGCGACACUGAAGUCAACAAUCUGUACCGUGAUCUAGAGCUGGGCACCGUAUUGACUCUCUUUUACGCCAAGAAGUCUCAAAGACCAGAGAGAAGGACGUUUCAAGUUAAGCUCGAGACCAGGCAGAUUAUCUGGACAAGAGGAACGGAUAAAAUCGAGGGUGAAAUUGAUAUUCGAGAGAUUCAGGAGAUCCGGACGGGACAGAAGUCACGUGAUUUUGAGCGAUAUGUGGAGGACUCGACCGCCCGGCUGGACCAGGCCCACUGCUUUGUUAUCCUCUACGGGACCGAGUUUCGGCUCAAAGCGCUCAGUCUGGCAGCGACCUCAGAUGAGGAGAUGGUCAUGUGGGUGAAGGGUUUGACCUGGCUGGUGUCGGAUACGUUACGCUCCCCCACGCCCCUGCAGAUAGAGAGGUGGCUGAGAAAACAGUUUUACGCAGUGGAUCGCAACCGAGAAGACAGAAUUUCCUGUAAGGAUCUGAAGAGUAUGUUGUGUCAAGUCAACUACAGAGUUCCUAACAUGAGAUUCUUACGGGAGAAGCUUCCGGAUGGAGAGCUGAGGAAUGGAGAUGUGUCGUACAGUCAGUUUGCUCAGUUGUAUCGCAGUCUGAUGUUUGACGCACAGAAAUCAAUGGAGAUUCCACUGCUGCAAAGGUUUAUAGACCGAGCCAAUCAGAAGAUCUCACUGGAGGACUUUCAGAGUUUUUUAAUUGAACAUCAGAAGGAGCUCUGGGCCACAGACAACAACAAGGUUCAGGAGUUCAUGUUCAACUACCUGAAAGAUCCUCUGCGAGAGAUCGAGCAGCCGUACUUUCAUCAAGAUGAGUUCCUCACGUAUCUGUUCUCGAAGGAGAACAUGAUCUGGGAUUCACAGCUGGAUCAGGUGCGACCGGAGGACAUGAACAACCCGCUGUCUCACUACUGGAUCUCCUCGUCACACAACACUUAUCUGACAGGAGACCAGUUUUCCAGCGAGUCGUCUCUGGAGGCGUACGCCCGCUGUCUGCGCAUGGGCUGCAGAUGCAUCGAGUUGGACUGCUGGGAUGGUCCCGACGGGAUGCCAGUCAUCUAUCACGGUCACACACUCACCACCAAGAUCAAGUUCAGCGAUGUGCUGAACACCAUCAAAGAACACGCCUUUGUCACGUCUGACUAUCCCAUCAUCCUCUCCAUUGAAGACCACUGCAGUAUUGUCCAGCAGAGGAACAUGGCCACCUUCUUUAAGAAAGUGUUUGGAGAGAUGCUCUUGACCAAAGCGGUGGAUAUCUCGGCGGACGGGCUCCCCUCACCCAAUCAGCUGAAGAGGAAGAUCCUCAUCAAGCACAAGAAGUUAGCCGAGGGAAGUGCCUACGAGGAGGUCUCGUCUUCGACUCCCUACUCGGAGAAUGACAUCAGCAACUCCAUCAAGAACGGCAUCCUGUACCUGGAGGACCCCAUCAACCACGAGUGGUAUCCUCACUUCUUCGUUCUGACCAGCAACAAGAUCUAUUAUUCUGAAGAGACGUCCAGCGAUCAGGCGAACGAAGAUGAAGAAGAACACAGAGACAUCAGUAACGGUAUGGACCAGCACGUGACGGAGAAGUGGUUCCACGGGAAGCUGGGUGCCGGACGUGACGGGAGACAGAUCGCUGAACGGCUGCUGUCGGAGUACUGCUUGGAGACCGGAGCGCCCGACGGCUCCUUUCUGGUGCGGGAGAGCGAGACGUUUGUAGGGGACUAUACGCUCUCGUUCUGGCGUUCUGGUCGAGUUCAGCACUGCAGGAUUCACUCUCGACAGGAGGCCGGCAGCCCAAAGUUUUACCUGACGGAUAACCUAGUGUUUGACACGCUCUUCGCUCUCAUCACACAUUACCAGCAGGUGCCUCUGCGCUGCAAUGAGUUUGAGAUGAAGCUGUCCGAACCGGUGCCACAAACCAAUGCUCACGAGAGCAAAGAGUGGUACCACGCGUGUCUGUCUCGCAGCCAGGCUGAAAACAUGCUGAUGAGAGUCCCGCGCGACGGCGCUUUCCUUGUCCGCAAGAGAACAGAAUUCAACUCAUUCGCCAUUUCCUUCCGGGCGGAGGGGAAGAUCAAACACUGUCGCGUGCAGCAGGAAGGACAGAUGGUCGUUCUGGGCACCUCAGAAUUUGACAGUUUAGUGGAUUUAAUCAGUUACUAUGAGAAACACUCUCUGUACCGCAAGAUGAAGCUCCGCUACCCCAUCAAUGAAGAGACGCUGGAGAAGAUCGGCACCGCUGAGCCUGACUAUGGAUCUCUAUAUGAGGGACGGAACCCUGGAUUCUACGUGGAAGCCAAUCAGAUGCCCACCUUUAAACAGUGUACGGUACGGGCCAUGUAUGAGUACAAAGCCCAGCGAGACGACGAGCUCUCCUUCAGUAAGAACGCCAUCAUUCAGAAUGUGGACAAACAGGAGGGAGGCUGGUGGAAAGGAGACUGUGGAGGUAAAAAGCAGCUGUGGUUUCCUGCAAACUACGUGGAGGAGAUCAGCCCUACAGCUGCGGAGCCUGAUAGAUCUGCCACAGAAAACAGUCCUUUGGGAGAUCUCCUGAGAGGAAGUGUGGACGUGUCUUCCUGUCAGAUCGCUGUCAGACCUGAAGGGAAGGGCAGCCGGCCGUUCGUCUUCUCUCUCAUUCCAGUAGCGUCUCCUCGCACCGGUCCAGUGCUGGACAUCGCCGCCAGCUCGCAGGAGGAGCUCAAGGACUGGGUGGUGAAGAUACGAGAGGUCACCAUGACCUCUGAAGCCAAGCUGGAGGAAGGUAAAAUGAUGGAGAGAAGAAAGAAGAUUGCUUUGGAGCUGUCGGAUCUGGUGAUCUACUGCCGACCUGUUCCUUUCGAUGAAGACAAGAUCGGGACGGAGCGGGCCUGUUUCCGGGACAUGUCCUCUUUCCCGGAGACCAAAGCGGAGAAAUACGUCAACCGUAUCAAAGGAAAGAAGUUCCUGCAGUACAACCGUCUGCAGCUGUCACGGAUCUACCCGCGCGGUCAGCGGCUGGACUCGUCUAACUACGACCCCUUACCCAUGUGGCUGUGCGGCAGUCAGCUGGUGGCCCUUAACUUCCAGACGGCAGACAAACCCAUGCAGAUGAAUCAGGCGAUCUUCAUGCUGAGCGGCAGGAGCGGUUACGUGCUGCAGCCACCCAUCAUGAGAGACGACAACUUUGAUCCUUUCGAUAGACAUUCUCUCAGAGGAGUGGAGCCAAUCACUUUGAUCAUAGAGGUUUUGGGAGCUCGUCACUUGCCCAAACAUGGCAGAGGGAUUGUUUGCCCUCUCAUCGAGAUUGAAGUUUGCGGAGCGGAAUAUGACAACAGCAAGCAAAGGACCGACUCUGAAGCUGACAACGGUCUGAACCCCACGUGGCCCAGAAAGCCCUUCCGCUUCACUGUGUGCAAUCCUUCCUUUGCCUUUCUGCGUUUUGUGGUGUAUGAGAUCGACAUGUUUAACGACCAGAACUUUCUCGCCCAGGCCACGUUUCCCAUCAACUGCCUCAAAACAGGCUACCGGUCAGUUCCUCUGAAGAACAGCUACAGUGAAGAUCUCGAGCUGGCGUCUUUGCUGGUGCACAUGGACAUCAUCAGAGGAAGGGUGGGCUAUGAGAUCAUACACGAGAACGGCGAGAUGUUGAGUCCCCUCUCGGCAGCAGGGGCCACGGGCAUACAGGUGGGCCGGGAGCGAACGGGCGAGACGGGCUCCGUUUCCUCCACGUCCUCCAUGUCGCCUCUGCCCUCGUCUCCGGCUCAGGCCCUGGGAUGCCGCGGUCGGGAGGGAUCGUUUGAGGCGCGGUACCAGUCUCCGCUGGACGACUUGAGAGUGUCGCAGGAGGUGCUGUUGGACCACGAAAACAGAAGGUUGCGCAGGGCUCGUGUCAGCGCCGACAACCGUGCCUAAACCGAGCGGCCGACCGCACGACAUGGACCGAAGAAAGCAGCCGCAGGCCUCCUUCAGGGCCGAUGAUGUCAAGGACAGCUGUUUCUAUGGAAAUCAUCCGGCCAGUAUUUUAGGACAGAUCUCCCUCUCUCUGUGAUGAGCGGCGGGGGGAGCGCGCGGCUGGUGAAGGAGCCACAGAAUGAACGACUAUCUGCUUAGCUACAAUCUGAACCUGCAGCGGACGGGACGGGUGUGUGUUGUGAUGCAGUGUCAAACUCGAGGACAGCACUCUGAUUGGCGGAGAAUGUUUGGCUGUUGAGUGGUGACUGUAUCACUCAUCGCUUUGAACUCGAUCCCAGGUUAACAUUUCUGGAGUAAUAAUACUCACUUUCUUUACUCUGUCUCUCUGGCUUAUAUUCCAGUAUGUAAACGUGUGCGCAUGCGUGCGCGCGUGUUCCGGCCUUAAUCGGAAAUCAUCUGCUCUCAAAGAGCCGCUCACUCACAAAAUUGUUUUAUUUAAACUUUUGUUUUAAACUUUCGUACUGUUGUUUGCUUUUUAUGUAUAUACCAAUAUGUUUCUAACAUGAGGGCUUGGCCUUUUUAAUUGUGUUUUCUCAAUUCUGUUUUGGACUGAAUGUUUUGGAGAUCUGUUCCAGGAUGCACAAGUGGACUUGAAAAGAAAAUCCGCUCAGGUUUGGUUCACAAGACAGUCUUUGGCCAUUUGGUUUACGGAACAGAACCGAGGGACCAUCUCGUUUCACAAUGCUUAUCCCUUAUUCAAUAUCUGUGACUAUUAUUUUAUCUUUCUGUUUUAGCACCAAUGUUAUUCCUGAGAUGUUCAAUACAUGCGGUGUCUGUUUAAAGAAAGCCAAAGGUUAGACGGUGACCAAAUAAGUUUGGAGUUGAACCCAUGUUUGUGAUUUACUGUAGCUGUGGACGAGAGUAAAGGCAUCGAGUGGUACAGUUGUAGCUUUUCUUUAGAUACGUGCCAUGCAGUCGUGGUCACUUUGCCGCCAUAUCACACACCAGUUCAUGUGGAAAAUCAAGGCCAUAUUUACUGCAGGGGCUCUGAUGACUUCUGCUGUUCCCAUUCAGCCAGUAGAGCUCGGGAUUUCGCCCAACCGCACACAAAAAUCUUUUCAUCUUACGGUCAGUUUUAUGAAGCAGGUCGACUAUGGUGGGAUCAGCGUCAUAGCGUUUGUGUCGUGUGACCAUCAGGCAAUGACACACAGGGACCAUAAUAACUUUCAAAAGAAAAAAGGCCAAAUUCCUCCAGAGGGAUUUCA